GUGACCAGGACGCUUUAGGGAGAGGUCCAGAGAGAAAGAGCGAGAGAAGGAUAAGGUUAGUUCUAUGAUAAGGAAGGAACGAACAUCAGAUUCUUUCCUCCCCAAGUCCACCUUUAGAACUCUUUUCCAGGGGAUUAACGAGUGUGGAGAGAGAGAGAGAAACAAUAUAACAAGAAAAGGAACAUGAAAGAAAUCGUCAUUAAACGCAUUUGAAGUUCUCUCUUCCUUCUUGCACCUCUCUCUAAUUUAAUCUUAAACCCACUCCAAGUUCCCCCAAGGGACUACUCUUUCUAUUUCAAGAGAGACAGAAUCAGAAGAGUCCAUUCCUCCUGAUUCCCACCCAAGUGGGAAUAAAAACAGGAUUCCACUCUUUCUUUCUGUUCCUCCUCUCAUCCCUCCUUCCUCUCCUCCUCUCCAUCAUGACGUUGCUGGCCUCUGAGAGGUCGCUUCUCAUCCGGAACAAAUUCCGCUCAGUCUUGCAGUUGAGGAUUCAGAACCGAAGGCAAAAUGAAAUCGACUCUGGGUUGAAAACUACCUGUUCCUCUCGCAAAGGAGAGAAAGACCAGAGUAAAGCUCUGCGUCUAACUGACGAUGGCGCCACUCAGAAGUCGCCCCUGUGUGGUCUGAACAUUAAAACUGCACAAGACAGGAGUGAAUGUGGGGCUGGAAGGCAGAAGAAGGCUCGGCUGGCUAACAACCUUAGAGAGAAGGUCCAGCAUCGUCCCAAACCUCUGGACCUACUGCACAAACACAUACUGCCUCCGGAGAACCGCCCCGUCUCCUUCCCUCUCUCCUCAGAUGUCUUCCAAGAUGACAUCUCUUCCUGCUCUUCCUCCUUGUCUCCCGACCAACCCGGGGUCCUCCAAUCACCAGCCUUCUCCUCGUCGCCAUGGUUCUCAGACGACCAAUCACUGAGUGACCUAUCGCCUGGGGUCUUACCCCUUACCCACAGUCCCGCCCAUGUUCAGUCUAUCUUGGCGUUGCUCCCAGCAACCGAGGGCAUCAGCCAGCCAAUGAGCAUGACUGUGGGCGACUCCAACUCCAUGGCAACGACCGGGAGACCAAAGGGGAUGUAUCUGACCUCCAAUGCCACGCCCCUGCUGCCAAAGACAGCCCGGUCUCUCACACCUCCCUCCGACUCUUCCUUCCUUACUCCCUCCCUGAAUUCCUCUCGCCCCCCCCGCCCGCGGAAACCACGGGAUUCACAGCCCAAGAUGAGGAAACUUAAAUACCAUCAGUACAUUCCCCCCGACCAGAGAGGGACGGCCGGGACUGCCGGGGGAGGGGCCAGUCAGAGGAGCCCCACCCCAGCCCAGCUCUUAGACCCCGCCUACUCCAGCCUCCUGCAGCAACAGCAGGUGUUCCUCCAGCUGCAGAUCCUCCAGAACCAACAACAACAACAGCAGAACCAGCAGCAACAGGACCAGCAGCAGCUCACCGUCACACCCAGUGGAGACACCAACCAAAUGGUGAGGUUCUCUGGAGCCAUGCACCAGAACCCUCAGCCUGUAUCCAAGGCAACAAACCACACCUCUGUGGACACAAGUCCCUCCAACAAGUCUGAGCUCCUCCCACCUAACCUGGUCGACCUCACGGUGUCUGAGUUGCGACAGCAGCUGCGUAAGCGAGGUCUUCCUGUCUCCGGCACCAAGCCCACCCUCCUCCAGAGGUUACGCCCUUUCCAGUUGCCCCACCUGUGUUUGACCCCUAUGCCCCUCUGCCAGCUGGGUACCAGCCAGGAACCCCUUACCCCCACCUCCUUGCUCACCCCCAGCCACUACCCCAGCUCCAGUCCCAGCUCUGGAACUGACUCCACCACCAACAGCCCUAACCAUCAGGUCUACAUCCAGUCCACUGGAAUUCUGAGCGGGGUUCCAAACGGAAUUGUUAAUGGCAUUCCGAAUGGUAAUACUAAUGGAAUAGGGGUCAGUGUGGUGGGGGAGCAGUGUGGCUUCCUGGCCGCUGCGUUAACCCCAUCGUCGACACCCAGCCCCGGUCUCCCCCCAUGCUCCUCUUUGCCACUGUCGACUGGCGCCUUCUGGCAGUCGGAACAGGAGCAGCAGGAGUUGAGCCUGGAGCUGGAGAUGAGGGAUAGGAUGAGGAGCAGGCCCAGGGAGAGGCUAUCUCCUCCUCUGUCUCUAUCCUGUGGGGGUUCCCUCCAUCCCUUCCUGCAACAGGAUCCAGGAUGGCCCAGAGGGACACCAGAGAGGGAAGGACAGACAGAGAUCCUGUUCACACAGGUGUUCUGCUGCCAGCCGUGGGACGUGAUUGGCCAGGACUUUGAGCUGCCCAUGCAGAUCACAGCCAGUCCCAUUCAAGCCCCACCCAGCGUCCGCAGUCUGGAGGAGGAGCUGCAGGAGGCCAUUAACAGAGUACUGAUGGACCCCAGUCAGUCUAUAGAGGACAUUCUGGAGGAACCUACCACCUGUGUGGACUCCCACUCCUCCUCUGUCUCAGACCUCCAAUCCCCUGUCACUAUCCUCCCUGGCCCCUCCCCUCCUCCCCAAACAGACCAAUCCCAGCCUUUCUGUUGUCAUUCAAAGGAUGACAACUUCUUGUCCUCUCCUCUCUGCUCCUCCCUCCUGCUGGAGCUCCCGCCGUCGCCUUCGACGAUGGUUCCCCGCCAUGCCGCCCCCCCCCCUCUCCCUCCCCCCAUCUGUACUUCUCCCCUGCCUCCCACUGUGACCUCACGGAAGAGGCGGGCUCAGGCAACCUUUGACCCUGCUGAUUGGUUGGAGUCGCUAGCCUCUGGACUCCGCCCUCUCAGUCCUCCAUCUGCCCCAUUCGUUGAGACCGACUUUGGCCUCAAUUUGGAUCUGAACGUCAACCGAGCGUUGGAUCUCAUGGUGGAGCAGUGGUGAAGGUCUUAGGUGGACUGAGUGUCAGUGUGUGUGUGUGUGUGUGUGUGUGUGUGUGUUUGUUAGUUGGACUUCAACAUACACCUCCCAAACAAUGGGAACAGAUUUGUGAAUGUCCAUCCAUCUGUCUAUCCAUCCAUCCCCUCUGUCCACUCUGUGAGUGAGUAGUCUGUUUGAGAGAGGUGACUGCAGGUCUGUACCCCACGCAAUGUUGAGAGACAGAUACUACUACACUGGAAGAGAUGAAAAAAGACUGAGUUGCAUUGGUGGAACAAUAACUGGCAGAGGGAAUCACACGCACGCACACACACACAACACACACACACACACACACACACACACACACACACACACACACACACACACACACACACACACACACACACACACACACACACACACACACACACACACACACUCAAACCUUGAGUUGUCCUGUUAAAUAAAAAAUUGCCAAAUACAACAAAUGAACAAUGCAUAUUUGGAGUCACACACAAUCCAACACAUUGUUUCCAGUGGGAAACAAAGAAACCCAGUUGAACAGGGCCCCUACUGUUCCCCCAGCCACAGUCAUUGAGUCCGAGUCAUUCAUAAAGGCCAUUAAAGCCAGACUGGGCAGACAGACAGGGCACACAGCUUGUCCAUGUCUCCAGACCUUUCCCUAGUGCCAGACACACAGUCGGCAUGUGGAGAGAGAGAGCUGGCAGACACCACACAACCCUUAUAGGGAAGUGUAUGUGUGUCACUGUGUGUAUGUGUGUGUGUGUUUGUACACGCCUGGCUGCUUCUGUUUGUGUCGGUGUGUGUGUGUGUUAAUACACACACACACCCCAUUGUAUAUUUAUCGGAAUUGUUGCAAAUAUACUUGUAGCUCCUUGUUUGUGUAGACUAAGUGUGCAAUGUCUCUGAGUAUUGAUUUUGUAUGGUUGAUCUGUGAGAGAGAGAGAGAAGAGAGAGAGAAGAGAGACUGCUUCCACAUUUCGUGCCUAUUUUAAUUGUGGUCUCAACACUAGUCUGUUGCUGCAACAUAUAACACUGUGAGUGGGUCACUAAAACCUAAUGAACCACUAUGUUCAAUUCAUUGCUUGGAAACAGCUUGGUGCUCUACACACUGUAAGGGCCACAGUCACUGUUUACACCUGUUGUUAUGGAGAUAAAAAGGUCAAAUAAAGGUUAUGCGCAGGAUAACAAUGGCAAUUAAUUUCAUGAAACGAUUUCAUGAUUUUAGCUUAGAUUCUUUCGGUGCUUUAUCCCAUAUUGUAAAAACAGGUAGAAUUUGGAAAUUCAUCUGUCCCAAAGAGAGGCUGUUCUGAUUGCAGGAAGUGACACAGGUGUUCCCUGAGACCACAAUCUCUCUCUUGGCCAGUUCCAAAUCGACCCCUAGCCCCUACCCCCUAGGCACAUGAGGAGGAUAGAACUGGAUAGAUAUAAUCUAUAUUACAUUACAUUUAAGUCAUUUAGCAGACGCUCUUAUCCAGAGCGACUUAUAUGUUGAUAGCUCCACUAUUCCCCUGAUAGGCUAUGUGGAACUUUCCCCAUAUCGCACACAGCUGUCCAGCCUACUAGAAGUUGUGCCCUGGUACGAGGGGCUAGAGGCUAGGGGUCCGCAUGGGAUUGGCCAUAUUCAUUUUAAAUGACCACCAGGGGUGUCCCAUCAGUAAAGAGCUGAGGAGGUGAAUACUGUACUUCUCCCGAACAUGGAUCAUGAUGAAGUUGUCUGUGUUUCCGUGCUAUCAGUGAUUGACAAGGCAGUCCAAGGGCUUAUUCUCAGAGUCAGAACGUUCAGUAUUUACAGAGCAGAUAUUAUUCUCUAUUCCACAUGAUGUUCUACCAGAUCCAAUGGUUCUGAGGUUAUGACAGACUUAAUUCAGCUGUUGUGAUUCCGAUUGGUUGUAUGGCCUGUCAAUUAGUGAAGUAUGCGAGCACUGAUUAUGGCCUGGUCUGAGAGCAACCCACAGCCUCUGUUAGCAGUAUGGCGACUUCUCCACCUAGCCUUCCAAUCGGCUUAGGGGAACUUCUGCCAUAUUUCUUCUGCCUAUCUGGUUCAUGUAGAUUAGAAAACCAAAGGGGUGUAGGGGCUAGGGGUUGUUUUUGGACCAGGCAUUGGGAGAAUACAACACAGUGUGCUUUCCUAACCUCCUAGCUGACUCGACACCCUUCUUAAAGACCAUUGUGUGAACAACAAACUGUGAUCUUACUAAUGUUUCCCAGAGACAUAUUUAUUGAUAUUUAUAUAUAUGGCUCUGAUGUUCCCCACCCAGUCUCUGAAUAAUAACCACUGUGCUAAGUGCAAUAUGGUGUAUGUGAAGGGCACAGCCAUUGGGAAAUACCAGGCCCCCAUAUCUCUGUCUUGUCGUUACUCUAAACAAAAUGGUGUAAUGGGUCCUCACUCAACAAGAUGUUGCAUAAAGCUUAGUUCAUUUGACGGUUUUCACUGCAUCAGGGAUAGCAUACACAGAUGUUUCGGCUUCACAGCCUUCUUCAGUGUGUAGGUACAAAUGUAUUUGAAUUCAAAACAGCACUUGUAGGGAACAACAGAUUAGCAGCAGGUGCUUCUAAGUAGAGUUACCAAUCAUCUGCCAAGCUUUCAUGUUGAAGCAUUUCACGAGCAGCUUUCAUCGUAGAACUGUAGAAAACCAUGUUGAAUGGUGACAAUGAGACAGACUGACGACCGUGAUAAUCACGGUGGUCAAACACGUUCUCUGUCUGCUGUACUUAGGAUGACGAGAGAGAGAAACGCGGGAGAGUAACAUGCUACCUCUUGUGAAUGGAGAUGCUUACGGCCUACUGUACUCUGUCUGGUCCUGGACAACCGGUGGUCAAACACGUCCUCUGUCUGCUGCACUUAGGAUGAUGAGAGAGAGAAACGCGGGAGAGUAACAUGCUACCUCUUGUGAAUGGAGAUGCUUUAGGCCUACUGUACUCUGUCUGGUCCUGGACAACCACUGUGUAUGUUGGUUUUCAUCUGAACCAUUCUCUUCCCCUAAAUCUGUGCUGAUAUCACCUGACUUAUGUUAGGAGUGUAUCACUUUCAGAAUCAGUGGAGAGGUUGGUGGGUUGGUUGGGAGAACUGUCUAUGCUAGGUUAUUCCUGUCUGUCUGUCUGUCUGUCUGUCUGUCUGUCUGUCUGUCUGUCUGUCUGUCUGUCUGUCUGUCUGUCUGUCUGUCUGUCUGUCUGUCUGUCUGUCUGUCUGUCUGUCUGUCUGUCUGUCUGUCUGUCUGUCUGUCUGUGUUGUGAAGGUAUUUCUUUCCCCCUUGAGGCUUUCUGUAGCCAGAAUGAGAGAAAGAGGGAUUAGACUAAGACGUUGUCAUAAUCGAGAUCAGGAAGUAUCUGAGCCAACUGUUGCCAUUGUUUCGGUCAGCUCCAUUCAUUGGGAGUUCAAUUUGGCUUCCAAUGCCGAUAUACUUCCUGAAUAAUCUUCAGAUUGAUAACAUCACUGUCUAAUCUUUCUUCAUCUCAUCCUAGUACUGUAACCAGAUAGUGUGGGGAUGACCCAAUGGCAAAAAUAACUAUUUCAAUUGAUUUAUUUAUUAUGUAACUUAUUCAGGCAAAAUGUUAUCAAUACGUGUUCAAAUUGUAUUGUAAAAAAACAUUAAGAAAUUAAAAGUCUUAAUAGAUUUCC